AUGAAGAGAUUAAAAAAUGAACCUUCCAAUUCGAGGAGGUUAAGGUUGUCUCAUUGUUUGGUUGGUGUCGGGGUGUUAUACUUGGUUUUUGUAUCGUGUAACUUUUCACAGUUUAUGAAAGUUGUGUCAUCGUUGAGUGGGGAUGAGAGUUCCGGUGAAAUUGGAGUGGAUAGGGUCGCUGCUAUUGGGGACACUGAUAGUGCAGAUUUGAGCAAGCCUUUUGUUAGUUCUGUUUUUCAUUGGAGAUUAUUGGAUGAUAGGGACCAGGAUGCUCCCUUGCGGCCAAAGGAGGAACCAAUGAAGGAGGAAGAUCAUGGUCUUGAAUCUGUGAAGCGUAUUCCCCAGGGAUAUGGUAGGAUUACCGGGGAAAUCUUGCGGCGAAGGAACAUGACUGGUGAUUUUUCUGUGCUUGAGAGAAUGGCAAAUGAGGCUUGGACAUUGGGAUUGAAGGCUUGGAAAGAGUUGGAGCAGGUUGAUAACAAGGAGGCUGGAGAAAGAAUCGAAGGAAAGACCGAGUCGUGUCCGUCUUGGAUAUCAAUGGGCAGGGAAGAUUUGUUGAAGAGAGAUGGCUUGAUGUUUAUUCCUUGUGGUCUUGCUGCUGGUUCUUCGAUCACUGUAGUGGGGACACCCCGUCAUGCUCAUAAGGAGUAUGCUCCUGUGCUAGCAAGGUCGAGGUCCGUGAGGAAAGGUGACGGAUUGGUAUUGGUUUCGGUUUCACAGUUUGUGGUUGAAUUACAAGGGUUAAAGUCAGUGGAAGGGGAGGAUCCUCCUAAGAUUCUUCACUUGAAUCCCAGGUUAAGAGGAGAUUGGAGCAAACGACCGGUUAUUGAGCAUAAUACUUGUUAUCGAAUGCACUGGGGAACAUCUCAAAGGUGUAAUGGUUUGCCAUCUGAGAAUGCUGAAGAAAUGCUUGUUGAUGGGCAUAGGCGAUGUGAAAAAUGGAUGCGGAAUGACAUUUUAGACUCAAAAGAGUCGAAGACAACGUCAUGGUUCAAGCGAUUUAUUGGGCGUGAGCAGAAGCCAGAAGUGACCUGGCCAUAUCCUUUUGUAGAGGGUAGAAUGUUUGUCCUUACAUUACGUGCUGGUGUUGAUGGAUACCACAUUAAUGUUGGGGGUCGCCAUAUGACUUCAUUUCCAUAUCGGACAGGUUUUACACUUGAAGAUGCUACAGGAUUGGUGAUUAAAGGGGACCUCGAUGUUCAUUCAGUUUUUGCCACUUCUCUCCCUACUUCACAUCCAAGUUUCUCACCUCAAAGAGUGCUGGAAAUGUCAGAUACCUGGAAAGCCAGUGCUCUACCCAAACAUGCUGUUAGACUUUUUAUUGGGGUUCUUUCUGCAUCAAAUCAUUUUGCAGAACGUAUGGCAGUUCGAAAGACAUGGAUGCAAGCAGCUACAAUCAAGUCUUCGGAUGUGGUAGUACGAUUCUUUGUUGCAUUGAAUCCAAGGAAGGAAGUAAAUACGGUGCUGAGGAAAGAAGCUGCUUACUUUGGUGACAUUGUCAUUUUGCCCUUUAUGGACCGCUAUGAGCUUGUUGUGCUUAAAACCAUGGGUAUUUGUGAGUUUGGGAUUCAGAAUGUGAGUGCUGCAUAUAUCAUGAAAGUUGAUGAUGACACUUUCGUCAGGGUGGAUACUAUCUUAAAAGAAAUUGAAGCUGUACCCCGGAAGAAGCCCCUUUAUAUGGGUAAUCUCAAUCUCUUGCAUCGCCCUAUGAGAAACGGCAAAUGGGCUGUUACAUAUGAGGAGUGGCCUGAAGAAGUAUAUCCUCCUUAUGCAAAUGGCCCUGCAUACAUACUUUCCAGAGACAUUGUUACUUUCAUCAUAUCUCAACACAAGGAGAGGAGACUGCGGCUCUUUAAGAUGGAGGAUGUAAGCAUGGGAAUGUGGGUUGGGAGAUUCAACAAUACAGUGGCCGCGGUUCAGUACUCCCACAACUGGAAGUUUUGUCAGUAUGGAUGCAUGGAAGGGUACUUCACAGCACAUUAUCAAUCACCAAGGCAAAUGGUCUGUCUACGGGACAAAUUGUCACAAAGUCGCGCAAGAUGCUGCAACUUCAGAUGA